AUGGCAGAUGUUACGAGGACGGAUGGAGGGCAAAUGCAGCCACUUUUGGGCAGACGGAACCACCUUGAAGGCCACAGGGAAACCAAGAAGGAAUGGUUACGAAAACCAGCUGUACCAUGGAUUCUUAUACCCAUCACGCUGGUGUCGGCAGCUCUGAGCAGUACGCUGGCCUCAAAGCAGACAUUAAUGCUCGACCUUGUCUGUCGCGACCUUCGCGACCAUUCCGACAGUGACUGCAACUCCCCAAAAGUCUACACCCGGCUCGCCAUCCUCAAUCUUUCAAUCGCCCUCUGCGGCAGCCUUCCCCUCAUCUUCUCGGUGCCGUACUUGUGCGCAGUCUCCGAUCACCACAGCCGCAAACGGCCUCUCCUGAUCGCCAUUGCCGGCAUUACUGCCAGCGAGAUGAUCCCACUAUUUGCGGCGACCUUCCAAAAGACCUUUCCGACAUACCUCCUUCUGCUCGGAGCAGGGUUGAAGGGGAGUACUGGACAUAUUUUGGUUACUACGAGUGUUGCUGAGAGCUACCUCCGGGAUUGCACCAGUGCUGCGGGUAGAACCAAGGCUUUUGCGUAUCUGUACGGCUGUCUUGCAGCUGGGUCGGCCGCAGGGUCCUACGUAGCUGAACUUCUUGAGGAGAUGGUUGAUGGCAUGGUAGCACGUUUUUCUGCAACGUUCGGGCUGGCUGUUUUGGCACUGGCGUUUCUGUGGCUGCUGGUGCCGGAGUCUUUGGCCGCAGAGGUCAUCCCUCAAGACGAUACACCACAGCCGACUGAAGAGCCCCGACGCUUGUGGUCUAGCCUCAAGUCUUUCAGCGACUCACCCAGAGCACGCAGAAACAUCGUCUCACUUGCUAUCAUCGAUACUCUCAUCUUCGGCGUUGGUCUUGGAAGCGCCUCGAUCAUCCGCCAUGCUUUUGUUAAGUUUGGCUGGGUUGCCGUCAAGCUGAACCGACUGACGAUGGUAUCCUAUGCGGCAACAUUUCUCGCGGACGCCAUCCUUCUACCGGUACUUGUUCGAAUUUUACGACCGGACGAGUCUUCCCAAUGCAUGAAUCUCGACCUGGUUCUCAUACGUGGCGCUCUCAUCACUAAAGCGAUUGGCUAUAUCGGGAUCGCCAUCUCACCUACCCCAAUCCUGUUUCUCGUAUCCAUCGCGCUUGUCUCCUUCGGCAAUAUUGCGACUCCGGUCGUGCACAGUGAUCUAACGAAGCAUGUCGACCAGAGGAAGACUGCGCGGCUGCUGGGCGUCAUUGGGCUCUUGCAGAAGUUGAUGACGAUUCCGUUUUCGGUGGUUUUCGAAGCGGUGUUCGAUGCGGGUGCAGGGAGCGCCGUGCCGGGGCUGGUGUUUUUACUAUUGGCGGCGCUAUUGGGAGUGGGUGGUGUAGUCAGUCUGAAGAUAGUGACGAGAAAUAUAUAG